AUGGACUCGGAAGUUAGUCCCUACUCCACUUUACAAAGUUCCUUGUCGACGACGGAUUCAGGUAUGACAUUGACACCGAUCGGCAAAGGAUCAUCCACGUCUACGACCUUCCAGCUUAUGGACAGUGUCGCAUGCAACUCGACCGUGUCGGAAACGAUUUACAUCAUGUACAACAAAAACCGCGCACUCUUCAAUCGAUGCGUUGUUGACGCGCAGUAUCAGAUCUUUCCAUUUCUCGGGACAAAACCCUCGGCUGCUCAGGUGAAAGACAUGUCGUCAUCCAUGUCGUGCAUUGCAGUGUUCACCGCUGUGCUACUAGCUGGUCUCCCAGAAUGUUCCAUCUCAGGUUUUCCACUCAAAGCUGCAGUGGAGACACUGUUAAAAAUCCAUGUCGAUAUUGUCUAUGGCUGGGCAUCAUCCCCAUCCGCCGAACGUUUCCAGGAAUUGCUGUCUUGGCGACGAUAUGUGAAUCUUGCCAGUGAAGCGGGUGCACCAUGUGAUUCAAAUUCGGAGCUGUAUGCAGAGUAUCGAGAAAACCUAUACAUUGCUCAACGCAAUAGCUCCAUCCGUAUGUUACCAAACUACAAGAUUGAGUACAAGACAGCUAGUGGUUCAUGGUUUGACGCCGAUGAAGAAGACCAUAUCGCAAUUGGCAAUGACACGGUUUCGGAUGACGACGAUGAUACGGUCGCCAAAAGAGAUUCUACGGACAAAAGCAUGGUAGACACGGUGUCUGCCAAAGGUCAAGCUUCCAAAGUGAGCAAAAUCAAAGCUGUUAACGUUAGGAGGGACCUUACAAUAGCAAACAACUCGUCCACCAUGAUUAUUCAUGGAGUCAUUUCCAUUCUGAUGAGUGUGCUUCUAAGCGCUCAUUUCAUGAUAUCUUAG